AUGGGUGUCCAUGUGUUCUUUGUUGUUGUUGUGGUUUUUGUUAUUUUGGCUGGUGAUUAUGGUGUAGUUUCAAGAGAUGUGGUUAAGGGGGUAAGGGAUGAGAAAGGUUUGUUGGGAAAAUUUAAACGUGGUUUUAAAGGGGGUUUAGGAGGUGGUAUUGGUGGUGGUGGUGGUGGUGGUGGAGGUCUAGGCAUUGGCGGGAAAGGAGGGCUUGGUGGUGGUCUUGGAUUCCAUAAAGGGUUGGGAGGUGGUCUUGGGGGUGGUUUUGGCAAUGAUGGAGGUGGAGGUCUAGGUGUUGGUAGGAAAGGGAGGCUUGGUGGUGGUCUAGGAUUCCAUAAAGGGUUAGGAGGUGGACUUGGGGGUGGCCUAGGACACCAUGGAGGGAUGGGAGGUGGAAUAGGAGUAGGAGGUGGGGGUCUAGGUGGGCUAGGUCCCCGUGGAGGUUUAGGAGGUGGUGCUGGACUAGGGGGAGGUGGAGGGCUUGGAGGUGGUGGACUUGGUGGUGAUGGUGGUGGAUUAGGAGGAGGUGGAGGGCUUGGAGGUGAUGGUGGACUUGGUGGUGUGGGAGGUGGAGGGCUUGGUGGAGGUGGUGGAGGAGGACUUGGCGGUGGUGGUGGAGGAGGGCUCGGGGGUGGGAGUGGGUUUGGAGUUGGAGUUGGAGUUGGAAUCGGAGGAGGCGGCGGUGGAGGUCUUGGAGGUGGCGGUGGUGGUGGAUUUGGAGGAGGUGGCGGCGGCCAUUAG